UGAUUUCGCUUUAUGAGGAUGAUGAGUGCCCGGAGAACACUCCAGACGGCCAUGUUGUUUUUGGAAGCGAUAUGUGGUUCCACCUAAAGACGAUUUUGCACUGUCUGGGGAUGGGGGAACCCUUGAAUGUGAACUGCUGUAAAUUCAGAUAUACUUUGAAUUAUAACUGCUGUGAGAUCUCAAAAUCACUGGCCCAACCUAAUGACAGAAACAAAGACAUGCUCAUGUCAACAGAGGGACUACAUAAAAAAAAAAAAAAUUAUUUUGUGGUCGAAUCGCUGCAUGGAUGAUGAUUUGGUCGAAUCGGCAAAUGACCUUAGCUAUACGUUCAACAAGUGUAGGGGGCUAUCCGAGUGGCUCUCGUUGCAUCUGUUGCAGCGUACGUGUGAGGACGGAUGUCGUACAGGAAUUUCGUAUCUAGCUCUGCAAUAGACUGAACGUGUCUCAGCGCCAAAGAGUGCCUUCAAAACUUUGCACUUCGGUGGAGUGAAACCUAAAAAGUAUUCUCUUUGGUGGAACUAUUUAGACAGAGAGAGGUGUCAUCAGCAUCAUAAGAUGGCAGCAAACAUUUCCAGAGAGCUUAAUUUGCACUUCAGUCAUGAUGAACCUCAUGGUCAGCAAUGUGAGUUGGGCUAUAGGACAUGCCCUAUCCAAGAUACCGUCUCUGGUGAGCAUGGGACUGAAGUGAUGGACAGAGAGCAAGGCUUUAAGGAAUUAUGUGAUUUUGAAGACCUUCAUAUUCAGUUUGCAGAACCAUGUCUGACAGAUUCUGUAGAGGACUGUGCUAAAGAAGGGAGAGCAGAAAUUCUGGCAGCAUCAUCACCAAAGGUGGCAACUGUGGGUAAAGAAGAUGUCGUCAAAGUGUCACAAGUAGACAUUGAAAUGAAUGUAUACAGACGAUGGUGCCGCAUUGGUAGUGCCCAGGGUUUUACCAGUGAUACAGAAAUAGCUGUCUUUCUUGUUCAACACUAUGAAAAUACCUCCCUGCCAAGUGGUUUAUGCCUCAGUUGUAAGUCCCCCUUGACACUUUCUUGUAGUAGGUGCAGCCACCCGACAUUUCCAACUAUCACUACUUCCCACAAAAGUUCAGUAAAGCUGAGGACUUCAGGAAUUCAGAAAAGAAAAAGAAGGCAAGUAACAAAAGAAUCAAAACCAGAACAAGCAUCAGCUGUAGCACCAAACCCACCACAGUUGAAUGAUGAACACCAGACAAAUGAUGGCAUGGCAGACACACAGGAUUGUUCAUCUGAUGGUUUGCUCAUUUCAUUGCCGCCAAAGAUGACAAAGUGUAUACUUGGUCCUGGAACAACAGAUAUGAAGAAGGUGUUUACAUGCCAGCAGUGCAGCCUGUCUUACACUCGUGCUUGCAGCCUCCGUGUGCAUAUGCGAAAGCACACAGGAGAAAAACCAUUUGCAUGCAAGUUGUGUGAUGCUACAUUCUCUCUAUCAGCCAGUUUAGUGGUACACAAGAGGACCCACAGUGGUGAAAGACCAUAUGUGUGUGAGGAAUGUGGAGUGGCCUUUUCUGUUUCAAGUGCUCUCAAACAGCACUUGCGCAAGCAUACAGCUGCUGAAGUCGAUGAGACAGCUGCGGUCGAUCAAAGUUGUCAGCAAGUUGCUUGAACUCUGGCUGCAUGUCGGACAUAGACAGUAACGACUGCACGUGAAUAUCAGUUAGACUGGAACGCAGAUUUGUCUUGUUAAUGUUCAUGGGCCACAUUAUCAUGUACGACCAGAAACAGUCUGCGGGACAGUCAAAAUCCCGUCGCGGGCCGGAUCCGGCCCGCGGGCCGUAUGUUGCCCACCCCUGCUUUAAUAACUGCUAAUUCUCAAAUUUUUUAGGUGCUUAACAACCACCUACUUUUUAACCGGGCAUUAAAUAACCUAUAACCAAUCAAACUUGCCUUGAUUGCACGUAAUAAAUUGUUGUAAAUACAAUGUUUGGCAUCUUAAAGAAGUAGUCCUUAUGAAGAAUGGAAAUCCUUGAGGUUUCACAAUCAGAGUGCUUAGUUUUAGUGGGAUUUUUUUCCAUCAAGAAUUUGUGGCAUAUGUCUGAUAGUGAACUCAAGUGAACCAACUUUGUUAUUUAAAAAAAUGCUAAUACACAAUGAUUGAAGACAUGUCUAACAAGUCUUUUCUGUUUUGUAUAAAGUAGUAUCUGGAAAGCAUGUAAACAACCUUGUGUAUAAGGGAUUCUUACAAAUUUUAACAUCUGCAGUAAACCAUGUAUCUAGUCUACAAGACAGCUAACCAAUGGGACAAACAUCAAACUGUAACAGUGCAAGCUGCCUAAGUAUGUCAUUUACUCAUGCUUUUUGAUUUCUGUCUUGUUCUAUGACUUGAGAACUUCUCUUUUACUGAAGUCUAGUAUCUCAGCAUCAUGUAAUAAGAUGCAGGACUUUUGCAGAAAUGCAGGACUUGAUGAGAAGUGAUGCAUUUCUGAGACAAUAAAUGGAGGAGACUCCUUAGGGUCUUCAUGGUACAUAACUGUCUUUUCUUGUGGAUUUUGCUGACGUUUGGAUAUUUAAAUUGUACAAUUUAUAUUCUUUUUUUUAGGUGGGUAAGGAUCUGAGACUUCAAAAGACCAUAAAAGUAACAGUAAUUUUCCUAGAAUAUUUUAAAAUUAACUCUUUUGCAAUUCUAUUCUUGAUAUAUGAUAGACAGUUUUAAUUUGUUCCCCUUACCCCACUCCCAUGGUAUUGUCACAGAGAGUAAUUCAAAUAAAAGAAUUUUUUUAUUGUUUGUAUAUUUAUAUUAUUUGUCAUGUUUGUGUACCUUUGCCUGUAUUUUAAUAUUUUAUUCAUAAUUUUUUUUUCAAUUCAAUUGUUGGUAGAUCUGAUAUUUUGCUGAAUGUUGAAUGUAAGUUGAAAGUGCCAGUACUGAUGUAUGGAUCAAGGAACAUGUUCUGUUCCUGUGACCAACAGGUGAUUGAUGCUAUGACUUGAUAGUAAUACAACUGUGCUGAGACAUAGUGUUAAUUGUAGUGAUGCAAUUGUACAGAUAUACUAUUGGUGCUAAAUGAAGUGAUGUAAUUGUGCAAAGACAUGGUGCUAGUAUUACGCUGAUGGCAGCUGUCAGUAUUAGGAAUGUUGCUGUCUCAGGAUUUUUUUCUGCCGCAUUUUGUACAGUGUUUUACAUGUUCUAAUGUGCCAAACAUAUUCCUACUUAUGUGGAUUGUAUGCCUUAAUUUUAAUUCCGAGUUUAGAAUGCAGAGGUGGAAACCUAAACAUUCUAUUCUAAAAAUGUGAACAAAAAAUGCAACCUAGAGUAAUUUUAAAGUCACUUAGUACUGUAGUUUUAAAAUUGUACUACAAGUAGAGUCUGAUAUGCUUUUGCAUUCAGUAUGAUUUAACCAUGUUUAUCAGACACAGUUUUUUCACGUUUUUUUCCUUUCACUCAUUUUUGUACAUGAAUAAAUAAACCAAACUGAUAAAGCAAAACAAA